UUUGGAUUCCCUAAAACCAUCAAGAGAAACUAACAAUAUUUGUUGCAUUCUUGAAUAAUUUAUUUGUACAGAGUACUGUUAAUUUUGUUUACAGCUGUCCCUAAUUUGUAAAUGUGGGAUUAUAGUAUUCCUUAGAAAACGCAUGCACAUUCGAAAUCGAGACCUGAAAAACGGCAGAGUUUUACCUCUAAUAAAUAUUGUUCUCCUGGUUCCUUCUCUAUCUGCCUUGUAUUUGAUAAUUGAAAAUAAUAGUGACAUGUUUGUUUAUGAUAAUAUGUGAUAUUAUUAAGACAUAAUAGUAAUUUAUAAUAUUUCUUUCUACAGUUGUAUUGUAAACAUUCAAUAUAUUUAAAAAAUAAUGAUGGAAGUAGACUGGAUCGCAAAACCUGUGAACCAUAAAACAAUACAGUUUGCAUACUUAGAAGAAGCAAUAGAUCAUCCUUUAAAACCUGUUACAAUUACGUUGAUUGAUGGACGGACUGGAGUUAAACGUAAUGCAUUGCAACAUACAAACAGUGGUACUUUAACUGGUAUACCAAUACCAACUCAUUCACAAAUUGCUGGGAAUUCUUCGAUAGAUCCAUUAUUAAGUCAUUCGUCACUUGAUGGAUCAGAUCCUCUUUCACAGUUUGCUAGAGAAGAAUUAGAUCCAUUAUCUAAGAUGGCUGCAGAUGAGGUUUUUGAAUUUUACUCAUUUAAAUUUACUAGUAAGAAAUCUAAAGAUACCGCAGAAGAAUUAGUGGAACCUUGGGCAACAAGACGUACAGCAAUAUUAAAUAAAUACACAACUUCCGAAAAGUUGUCUAUUGUUACUAGUUUUCUGACAGGUGGUGAAAAAGUAGUUGUUAAAGUUCAACCAACUGGUGGAGUAGUUGAUAAAGUACGAACAAGAUUGGAACAGCUAGAUGAUUUUGAAGAAGGAUCUGUUAGACAAAUGUUAGAUUUAUCGCAGCAACAGUAUACUGCAAGAAUUGAACAAUUAAAUAAUGAACUUGUACAAGCAUGGCACUCUGAUCAAAGAGUUAAAGCACUUAAAAUAGCAAUUCAGUGUGCCAAAUUAUUAGUAGAUACAUCUGUCAUGGCCUUCUAUCCUAGUAAAUUUGUUCUCAUCACAGACAUUUUGGAUAUUUUUGGAAAACUUGUAUACGAACGUUUAAAGGCCAAAGCUGAAUAUUACAAACCAGGAAGCAAAGUGCCUACAAGUUUACCUGAUAAUUUUACACCGGACAUGGUACCCGAAAAUGCAAAAGAAACCUGUAGGAAUUGGUUUUAUAAGAUCGCGUCAAUAAGAGAAUUAGUUCCACGCCUUUAUGUAGAGAUGGCAAUAAUAAAGUCUUACAGUUUUUUAACAACAAGUGAAUUCAAUAAAGCAUUGCUACGAAUAACUCAAAUGAUAAGAGGAAUUGGUAAUCCUCUUAUAGCUAUAUAUGCUAGAUGUUACUUGUGUCGAGUGGGACUAGCUUUAAACAAAACAUCCGAUUUCGAAUUUGUAAAAGGAAAUUUUUACGAUUUCCUCUCCACCUAUCAGCAGUUAUUUGGUCAAUUUGUAAAAGACGAACUGGUUAAACAAAAUAUGUCUUUGCAUUCUUAUUUAAAUCUCUAUUCGCCAGCUUUAGAUUGGAUUUUGCAAAUUUUGGUAGCUACAGUUCCUGAAAAUCAUUUAGAAGAUGUGCUUUGUCAAUGCAAAAAGCAAACAAACAAUUCUUUACUAUUAAAUAGCGUUUUAACAGCAUUUAAACCAUCAUACAUUGCUACACGCGCAAUGGAGUUUGUAAAUUUGAUAAUUGCUACCGAAGAUGAUGGUUUCCCACAAUAUCUAUUAUAUCGAACUAUAGGCGAAUGCCUAGUACAGGAAGCUCCACCGAAAGAAGAUUGUCAAGCAAUUCUCAAUAUAACUUGGAAGUACAUAACAGAUUUAACAAAUCCUACAAAAUUUAUGCAUUGUGUCGAAAUAUGGAUUCAAUUUACUGCCAUUCAUUUCUCUGUUAACGAACUAAAUGCAUUCUUUGGAAAAAUAAUUGAUCGACUUAAUCCAAACAAAAAUUUUGAACAUUACUAUCCACAGUUACAAAAUAUUAUCGAAAAAGUAGUGGUUCAUAAACAAGAUUUUGAAUCGCUAUUUGCUAUGGACAACUUCUUACCUUUAAUCGAUUUGUUCCACAAGGAAACUAUUAAGGUUGAAGUUUGUAAAACUAUUAUAGAAGGUUUAAGUGCUGAAGGUGGUUCGAUUACAGAUCCUAUUAUCAUAAAUGCUCUCAUGUUUAUUGCUAGAAUAAUGCACGAUUCUGUUAGUGCUUUAACCGUUGAAGAUGAAAAGCGACAAAUUGGUCAACUUAUAUGUGGUCUCGUACAACGCGUCGAUUAUGAUCGCGAUUUUGAGAAACAACUUAAUUUUUACGUUGAAGCUAGAGCAGCGUUCCCUAACCUCGACAGUGUUCAUAUACAGCUUGUACAAUGUGCAAAUAGAUUAUCAGUUGAUACUCGAAAGAUUGUUCGCGGUCAUCACACGAGAAGAACGUCAGCAUUUGUACGCGCUUGUGCUGCAUUUUGUUUUAUCACCAUUCCGUCGUUGACGUUAGUUCAUACGCGAUUGCAGCUGUAUCUCCUAUCAGGUCAAGUUGCACUUUUAAAUCAGUGCUUAGGUCAAGCCGAUGCGUGCUUUAAGGCUGCAUUGAGCUUAGUUCCCGAAAUGCCAAAAACGAUAGAUAUAGAUGGAAGACAAAAAAGCUCGCAAGCAUAUUUACUUUCAUACUUGUCGAAUUUUUUAUCAACCUUAUUGGUUGUACCGGAUAGUCCAGAACACGGUGUUCUAUAUUUAAUGAGAGGUUUACUCAAUGCUGUUCAGCGUUGUUUCGAGGAAAAUGCAUUGACAAAAUCGUAUUUGUAUUUACGCGUACUUGACUUGUUGUCGGCAGUAACUCAGGAAAAUUAUCCGUACCAUGUUGACAAGGUCGACUCUAAUGAUAAGUUGUACGGAUCCGAUCAGAAAUUUAUAAGCGAAGUUAACAAAAUAUGUUCGAAAAUGGUAGAAGAGAUUUUGUCUCAUUUGAAAUAUCUUGGAUCGACCGAUCAACUCGAGAAACAGGCAGCCCUCGCGCUUGAGCUUUUUAAUUGUUUUGUUAUUAGAGCUGACUUACGCGAUCCAUCAUUGGCACAUAUGGCCGUGAAUCUAUGGAAUUUAUCUCAACGACGUGGUUUCAUCGAUUCAAAAGUUAAGAUGAAAACAGUCGCUUAUAUGUCCCAAAAGAGUCAUCAUAAGGAGUAUGAACAUUUUGCUGAAAUUUUAAAAAAGAUGAUGAAAUAAAUUUGCAAAUGAAAUAUGAUAAUUAAACUGAGAUGUAAAACAUGAGUGUAUGGCUUACAAGUUUCUUGGUAGUGAUUUUCUUUGAGGAGAAAUUAAUUAUAAAUACAUUGAAUUUCAUUUAACUAUAAUUGAAUAUGCUGUACAUAAAACAAAACAAGUAUAAUUGGUUUAA